AUGUUCGGUGGUAAACCCUAUGAAAAACUUUCAAGAUCGACGCAGUAUCGAAUUCGCAAAAUAUUAUUCAAGUCUGAUGACGAAGUCGAAGAUUGUUCCAACAGGGGAUCCAAUGUUUCUCGAGAAACAGACGGUAGUGAUACAAAUAGUGUCUGUCCUGGAUUCGACUAUCUUAAGAGUACAGAUGAUGACAGUGAUUGCUGCGAAACUAUCAAUGGUUGUUGUGAUGAUUACGACAAUGAUGAACAAGAUGAUAACUUCAUGGAUUGUUCCGAUUACACUGAAGAAACUGAAUCUAUUAGUCCGGAUAAUAAUGAAGAAACGGAAUCUAUUGGUCCGGAUAAUAACGAAGAUACUGAAUCCGUUAGUUCAGAUAAAAAUAAUUUCGAGGAAUGGAAUGAAAGCCAAUCGAAUGCUAGUGGUUCUGAUAGCGAUGAAUCUGAUGUUUCAACCAAUGAUUCUAGUUUUUAUAAUGAGAAUCUGAAUUCUCCUCUUUAUCCAAAUUCUCCCUUAACUUUAGUUUACGAUUCUGAACUGUACAAACGUAAAAGAAAAACAAAUUCAUCGAUUGUUGUGUACAACCAUAACAAUCGAAAUUAUAUUGGUGUUAUUAGCGAAUUUCUCAAAGUUUGUUCCUGUCAAAAUAUUCCAUGUGAUGUUAAUUGCAUAACUAGUAAUGUUUUUGCAAUUAUUACUAAGUGCCUGUCGAUAAAGUCUAUUAUUCCUAAUGCUUUAAUUGAUAUGGUUGAUCUCUGUGUAAAAUCUGAUCAGCUUCAACUAGCUAUUAACAUAAAUAAUUUGAUAACUGUUUGUUUUUCUAUUGAUAAUGAUAAUGAUUACAAUUAUAUCAAUUUUGUAUGA